GUGGUACCAAAUCCUCCAAACCUUUUUGUGGAUGACAUUAACAAACUUACCCCCAACUCUCCCAUCCCUCUCUUUGCAAUUCAAACCCAGACUAAAUUUAGUUCAUAGAAUACAAGGUUUCUGUUUGGAGGCCACACGAGCACGAUGAUGAAGCUGCACGUGUCAUCAUCAUCGACUAAAAUGGGAGGAUUUAUAACUUUGCCAAAUUUGAAUUUGAAUAUGAAUUUUCCAUCUUCUUCAUACUGCACAUCUCGUGAUCCUAAACCAAGUUCUGCUUUGCACAAUCUGAUUGCAGCUAAAUAUGUCAUUUCGCAUAGAAAUGCAGUUUGCUAUGCAGAAUCAUCUGCUACUGCUGCUUCCACAGUUGCGGCUGAAACAAAAGAAGAAAAAGAUGGAGAACCCACUACGGUUGCUGCCAAAGAAGAUGCUACUGCUCCAGCAAAAUCAAAGCCAAAGCCUCCUGCAAAAGCACCUGCCAAGGCAUUGCCGGAGAUGAUGGAAGAGGAUGUGAUUCCUUCCCUAAGAUCGAUUCUUGAAGCACAAGAAGAUAUCAAAGAACUUGAGUUGGUUUUCGAGGAUAACAAGCUAGAAGGCUCUUUUCUGAAGAAGGAUAUUCCUUAUUCAUUCUGGGCAUUAUUCCCAGAUGGUAUCGCUGGUCCAAAAGGGUUUUCAAUAUCUUCCUACGGGUCAACUGCAAGCAGUGUUGAACCUUUUCUUGUAGACGAGAAAAAGGUCACGGCAAAACUACUGGUAUUCUGGGUUGAAAAGCGUUUAGCUGCUCAAGGAAUAAUUCCUGUAUGGAGAGAUUGAUCUUGUUUCUAACAAGAAACUAUUUCAGCUCAAGAAUUGUAUAGCAUUAUCUAAUGUACAAGUUUUUCGGUUCUUGAUGUUGUAAGCACAAAGUUUAUACAUAUAUGAUAGCAUUCAUUCACCUUCA